GCAUGAAAUAGCAGGGUCGAUACGAGCUUCAAAACGGAAGUCGCCACCCAACUACACCGUCUAUCAUUUCUCUGGCAAUCUCUCCGAUCGUUGUACUCAAGUUACUUACGAAAAUAAACUAGCUCGUGGCGAACUCAGAGAGUGGGGUGUCUCCGCAGAUCCCAACUGGUAGCAUAACUGAUCCGGUGCGUAGAACAACCUCUCUUGUUGCAGGAUUAGCAAACAGACAAAGUCGGAAUACGUUUGGCAGCACAGAUUGAGAACUAGAGCGAGGAAAUCGACCGGGGUUGUCCAAUGGCUUCUGCUGGGGAUGUUACGAGGGCCGCGCUUCCCAGGGCCCAGCCCCGCGCUGAAGGGCCGGCCUGCGUGCUAGGCAUCGGCACUGCGGUGCCUCCCGCGGAGUUCCUGCAGAGUGAGUACCCCGACUUCUUCUUCAACAUCACCAAUUGCGGCGAGAAGGAAGCCCUGAAGGCCAAAUUCAAGCGCAUCUGUGACAAGUCGGGCAUCAGGAAGCGCCACAUGUUCCUCACGGAGGAGGUGCUCAAGGCCAACCCAGGCAUCUGCACGUACAUGGAGCCCUCCCUGAACGUCCGCCACGACAUCGUGGUCGUCCAGGUCCCCAAGCUCGCCGCCGAGGCCGCCCAGAGGGCCAUCAAGGAAUGGGGCGGCCGCAAGUCCGACAUUACCCACAUCGUCUUCGCCACCACCUCGGGCGUCAACAUGCCCGGAGCCGACCACGCCCUGGCCAAGCUGCUCGGCCUGAAGCCCACUGUGAAGCGUGUCAUGAUGUACCAAACCGGGUGUUUCGGCGGUGCAUCCGUGCUCAGAGUGGCCAAGGAUCUAGCCGAAAACAACAAGGGCGCCAGAGUGCUGGCAGUAGCGAGCGAGGUGACCGCAGUCACAUACCGAGCCCCGAGCGAGAACCACUUGGACGGGCUUGUGGGCUCAGCUCUGUUCGGCGAUGGCGCCGGCGUGUACGUGGUUGGAUCCGACCCCAAGCCUGAGGUAGAGAAGCCAUUGUUCGAAGUGCACUGGGCUGGAGAGACCAUCUUGCCAGAGAGUGACGGAGCCAUCGAUGGACAUCUCACCGAAGCAGGGCUCAUCUUCCACCUCAUGAAGGAUGUACCCGGGCUCAUCUCCAAGAACAUCGAGAAGUUUUUGAACGAGGCCAGGAAGCCAGUGGGAUCACCGGCAUGGAACGAGAUGUUCUGGGCGGUGCAUCCCGGAGGUCCAGCCAUUCUCGAUCAGGUGGAGGCGAAGCUGAAGCUGACGAAGGACAAGAUGCAAGGGAGCAGGGACAUAUUGUCCGAGUUUGGCAACAUGUCUAGCGCCUCUGUGCUGUUUGUGUUGGAUCAGAUUCGGCACAGGUCUGUGAAGGUGGGUGCGUCCACUUUGGGCGAGGGCAGCGAGUUCGGAUUCUUCAUUGGCUUCGGACCAGGACUGACACUGGAAGUGCUUGUGCUCCGCGCCGCUCCCAACUCCGCUUAGAUUCCACCCCACCUCUCCUUUUUACUCCCCAUCCUCACCAAUUUGUAUCAUAUCAUAUUAUUGCAUUGCAUAGCGUAGCAUAGAAGUGUGCAAUUCAAUUUCAAUAGUAUUCCUUCCUGAGCUAGAGUUCGCGCUUAAUUUUAAAAGCGAAAUCAGGUUAUCGAAUCAACCUAACGUUCUUGCUUCAGCGAGCUCUUUACACACGCUAAAAUCUAGGGUUCCACUGUUUCGUAUCCAGAACCUGAACGAGCUGGCGCCUGUGGGUAUAUUUCUCUCGCUGUGCUAAAUUGGCAGUGCAUCUACUCUAGCGUUCUUAUUGUUCACUCAAUUUAUUUCUGGAAGACAGGAGUUUGGCAAUGUAUGGUCACAAUGCAAUCAGAGGUGCGAAGUACAGUCUUAUUUAGAAAAUUUAGGUUGGAAGAAGAUGAAGUGGGAGUGUCUAGUGCGCAUUGUGCCGAUGGAUCUGAAAUUCAGGAAUGUAAUUCAUCGGUGAAUCUCCGGACCAUGUGUUCGUUUGAGCUUUUAUAUUUGCAGCCUCUAAUUCAGCUGCGAUUGUUCGACACUA